ACGUUUUCGCUUCUGAGAUUUGGCCGACGCAGGAGUCGAGUGCAACGUCGACGAUGGCACCCACAACAACAGCAACUCAGGACCUGAGCGUGACCCCCCCGCCGUCUUACCUGGACCGUCUGCAGGACUUUGUGUCAGAAAACAGACGCGCUAUCUUGGUCUGCACUGCGGCAGCCGCCGUCGCACUUGGCGCAGCGGCGUACUAUGCCUCGACGACCUCCCCUCACCGUCCCGGGUCUGGCAAGGACAGACAAAAGGACAAGAGGAAAGACAAGUCUUCUUCCAAGAAGAGAAAGUCUGUCGGCGACCAGGACGGUCCUAUCUUAGAGGAAAUCAAGCCUGAGGAGGAACAGCAAAACGUCCCGCUGACACUCGAAGAGAUCGCCGCUAUGUCCGUCGACGAUCGUAUAAAACGAGCGGGUAGCCUCAAGUCCCGGGGUAACGCCCAAUACCAAGCUCGGAGGUUCACUCAGGCAGCAGAGCUAUACACCCAAGCCAUCCAAGUCUCUCCAAAACCUGAGCCUAUAUUUCACAGCAACCGAGCUGCCUGUUAUUUGAACAUGUCGCCGCCGCAAUUUGAGCUCGUCGUAGAGGACUGUGAUGCGGCUCUCCGGCAUGACCCGAACUAUAUCAAAGCCUUGAACAGGCGUGCCAACGCUCUCGAGGCUCUUAGUCGGUACGCAGAGUCUCUCAGAGACUUUACUGCAGCUACCAUCCUCGACAAAUUCCAAAAUGAGGCAGCAGCGCAGUCGGUGGAACGAGUACUCAAGAAACUCGCGACAGAGAAGGCACAGACUAUUGCGGCUACGAGAGAUCCGAGAUUGCCCUCACAGACGUUUAUUUCUGCUUACUUCGCUGCCUUCCGGAAACGUGCACAGCCUACGCCGCCGGAGACGUCAUCACAAGGGGACCAGACAUUGCUGCUGGCUCUGGAUGCCCUCGAAGCAGCAGAUUACGCACACGCCCUUUCGCUUGUCAAUGAGGCCGUCGAUCAGGGUGUGUCAUGGGAUAUCGGGCGCGCGGAGGCUUUGAAUUUACGGGGAACAUUCAAGUUCCUUACCUCGGAUAUUAAGGGCGCGAAAGCAGACCUUGAAGAAUCACUUGCGUUGAACCCAUCCUUGACUCAAUCACUAGUUAAACUUGCAAGCGUGCAUAUGGAGGAAGGGAACCACGCACAGGCGAUGGAGUGCUUCGAGCAGGCCAUUAAGGUGGAUUCGUCGGAUCCGGAUGUGUACUACCAUCGGGGACAGGUCCACUUCAUCACGAACGACUACUCUGCUGCCGCUGAAAACUACACCAAAUCGACGUCACUCGAUUCGACGUUCGUGUUCUCGCAUAUACAGUUGGCAGUAGCACAGUACAAGAUGGGAAACGUCUCCAAUAGUAUGGCGACCUUCAGACGGACCAUGACGGCGUUCCCCAAUCGCGCUGAAGUAUGCAAUUAUUAUGGCGAGCUAUUACUGGAUCAGCAACGGUUCGACGACGCAGUAGAGAAGUUCGAUAGAGCGAUCGAACUCGAUAAAGCCAAGUCCCCGCCGAACCCACUUCCCCUUGUCAAUAAGGCUUUGGCAAUGUUCCAAUGGCACAAGGACAUCGAUCGUGCCGAAGUACUAUGCCGCGAAGCGCUUGCGAUCGACUCCUCUUGUGAACCAGCGGUAGCAACCCUUGCCCAACUUGCCCUACAAAAGGGUGAAAUGGAAACUGCGAUCGAAUGGUUCGAGAAGCAAGUCGAUCUUGCACGAGGCGAGGCAGAGCUCGUUGCUGCAUUGACAUAUCUGGAGGCUAGCAAGGCGCAAUUGCAGUUCGUGAAGACUUAUCCGCAGAUGGCGGUGCAGCUACAACAGAUUGCGAGUGCGAUGAUGUGA